GAAACUCCUGAAGAUCGAAGAAGAAAAAAAUCCCGAAAGCUCAGUGCUGUUAAAAAUUAUUAUAAAGCUCUAAACAGCCUAAAUACGACUACACUCAACCCUAUUGAAGAUAAUGAAGUUCACUCACCAGCAUCUACUCACUCAACUACUCAAGCCCAAUUAGUUCAAAGGCGCCCCAGGAUAAAUUAUAAUCUUGCUAGGAGCUCAAUUGAAACAUUUAAACCAACAGUUGUGUGCGGGAAGCAUUCCUUAACCAAUUGCUGUUGCAAUGGAAAAGUGGUUUUGGCUCCAUUGGGCAAUGCGCCUGAAUCAAUUAUAAAGCUUCUUACUCAAAAUUGUACUCCAAAAUUCUUGCAAAUAUAUAUAUAUGAUGGAAGUUUUGAGGCCAAAUUACGCCAUCGUCACAAUGUGUUUUCUUUUUUAGACCAUGAUAUUUUGACCGAUAUUCAGCAUGAUCUCCAUAUGCAUAAUCCUUUUGCUCAAGUAUUCCGAAAUGAAGUUGUGGUUUUACUAAUUGAAAAUGAUGCUAACAAAAACUUACAUAAUUCUGUAAGUGAUCCUGAAAAUGAUAUUGAUCUUGCAGACGAAGACUCAGACAAUGAAUUAAGACAGACUCAGCACAGAAAACAUGUUACAAUUCGAGACUAUGCCGCUUACCGUUUACAUAUAUGUAGUCCUGUCAACGGCAUACUACAUCAUGCAUCACGCCUUUUCCACCAGUAUGUCGUCAAUCAAUAUGCCAAGAUUGAACAAAAUCGGCUUCUUUGGCAAAGGAUGAACCUACAUGCAAUUCGUGCUGAACUUUACCAAGGUCUUGCUGAUGCAGUUGCAGAUGAUUUUCAAGAUCUCACCAAUAUAGGGAGACGAAUAAUUCUACCCUCAUCUUUUACUGGCGGUUCUCGGUAUAUGAGCCAAUGUUAUCAGGAUGCAAUAGCGAUCAUGAGAGAAUUUGGAAAACCAAGCCUAUUUAUUACAGUCAUAUGCAAUCCACAUUGGCCCGAAAUUCUUGCAGAACUCUAUAAUAACCAGACACCAAAUGAUCGACCUGACAUCAUUGCUCGCGUUUUUCAUCUCAAGUUAAAAGCCAUUUUAAAUGACCUCAUUAAUAAUAAAAUAUUAGGAAAAGUUGUGGCAUUCGUGUUAGUUAUCGAAUUUCAAAAAAGAGAUAAACUACAAUCACCCUCCAAUUAUGAUAAGAUUGUGUCUACGGAAAUUCCUGACCCACAUUGUCAGCCACAGCUUUAUGAAACUGUCACCUGGUGCAUGAUGCACAGACCUUGUAGUAGUUUGGCACCAAACACUCUAUGCAUGCAAAAUGAAAUUUGUUCAAAAAAAUAUCCUAAGUGUUUUUCUGACGUUACUCAGAAUGAUAAAAAUGGUUACCCAUUAUAUAGACGACAGGAUAACGGAUGUACUAUUCAAUCAAAAGGCUCACAGCAGCGUGGUAAAAGUGCUAUAUCAGAAAAUCCAUUAAUUGUUAGUCACGCAUUGGCUGAAAUUGAAGAUCACCUUAGACAAUGUGAAAAAUGCCUCACAGAUUUUCCUGAUUUACCUAUCAUUCAGCAUAAUUUGCUAAAUAUCAACAGACAAACAUGGCUCUUUGCAGAGGAAAUGACUUUUUCGCAGGAUGAAUUACAGAGAAUUCUCGAAGGCAUUUCCCUACUAAAUGAUGAACAACGUGCAGUAUAUGAUGCUGUAAUAACAGCUGCUGAGCAACCUAAUCCUUCAACAAACCCACUUCAAGUAAACAACAAACAACAAUGGAGUCACAUGCCUUCUGAUGAUAAUCUAAGACACGUGUCUGGUAGCAUCACAUCAGAACACACACAAGUUGAUGAAAACACUGUCCAACCUCAGCAAGGUGUUACAAACAAUGUGGCAACAACCUACAAUAAGAAA